AUGGCACAGUCUGAUGAUGUUCGUCAGUCGGACGUUAAGAAUGCUGCUGACCUCCGUAUUGACCCAACCGACUCGGACUCCUCCAAGUCCAUUCCCUCCACAAAGGUAACCCCUCUCAUCGCUACACUUCCCCUCGCUGCGCCAGAGGAACCUCGGAGUUGGUGGCAGCGACGGCCGAAACAAGAUGGAGAGGCUGUUGCAACCCGUCGGUCCGUCUUUGACGACCCAGACAUGGCGAGGCGCUACCAGCCCCGAUCUGACUGGGAGAAUCUGCAUCGAUUUGACCCUUCCGAGAGAUGGACAUUCAAUGAAGAACGUAAAGUCAUUCGAAAGAUUGAUAAACGGAUCAUGAUAUUCACUUGCGUCAUGUUUAUGGCUCUGGAGCUGGAUCGAUCGAAUUUGUCUCAAGCUGUGUCCGAUAACUUUCUGCCAGACCUGAAGAUGGACACCAACGAUUACAAUCUUGGAAAUACCGUCUUCAAGUUGUCCUUUUUGUGUGCAGAGCUUCCCUCCCAGCUUGUCAGCAAGUACCUCGGACCUGACCGUUGGAUUCCAAUGCAGUUGUGCCUCUGGAGUCUUGUCUCUGCGGGCCAGUUCUGGUUGGACGGAAGGGCUUCGUUUCUUGCAUGCCGUGCUUUACUGGCUAUCUUCCAGGGCGGAUUUAUCCCAGAUACGAUCUUAUACCUGAGUUAUUUUUACACCGCGAGUGAACUCACUGUUCGUCUGGCCUUCUUCUGGACGGCGUACAAUGUCGCCGAUAUCAUCAGUGGUUUUCUUGGAGCAAGCUUCCUCCAACUGCGAGGCUGGCACGGCUACGAGGGCUGGAGAUGGCUGUUCCUGUUUGAGGGCCUACUGACGCUCGCGGUUGGUAUUUCCGCUUGGUUUCUUAUGCCUGCUGGACCCACUCAAACCUCAGGCAUUCUCCGUGGUAAGAACGGUUGGUUCACUGAGCGGGAGGAGCGCAUUAUGGUGAACCGAGUCAUCCGGGACGAUCCCAGCAAGGGCGACAUGUAUAACCGCCAACCCAUUACUCCGAAGUUGCUAUGGGUGUCGCUUAAGGACUUUGACCUCUGGCCGAUCUAUGCCAUCGGUUUGACAUUUUUGAUCCCAGCCACGCCGCCCGCUCAGUACUUCACCUUGACCCUCCGUGGUCUUGGCUUCAAUGUUCUUGUCACCAAUCUGUUGACCUUUCCGCAUACGAUACUUUCCAUUGGCGGCUUGCUACUGAUCUCAUAUCUUGCUGAGAAGUGGGGUGAAAGAUCUCUGCUUGGUUUAGCUGUUCAGAUCUGGAAACUGCCGUUCAUGAUCUAUCUAUACGUCGUGGACAUGAGCACGGUCAACAGAUGGGUCUCGUUCGCGGUGUUGACACUAUUGCUUGGUUCUCCGACUGCCCAUCCAAUUCAAGUGAGUUGGAACUCGCGCAACUCCAAUACGGUUCGUCUGAGGACAGUCUCGGCAGCUGUCUACAACAUGUCCGUUCAAUCUGCCGGUAUUAUCGCAUCCAACGUUUACCGCAAAGACGACGCGCCGAGGUACCGGGAAGGAAAUAAAAUUCUUUUGGCGAUCAUUGCGCUCAACAUCACGUUGUAUUUGUUGACCAGAACCUACUACAUCUGGAGAAACAAGAGCCGGGAUAAGAUUUGGGACGCCAUGGAUGAUGAACAGAAGAAGCAUUAUCUUGACACCACAAAGGAUGAGGGCAAUAAGAGACUGGACUUUCGGUUUGCCUACUAA